AUCAAGUUUCCAGCAUGAUGGUGUCAGUCCGCCUUUCGAAAUGGAUGUCUACUCUAAAAGCCUACUAUCAAGCGACGACCCUCUUCGAGCUUCACGCCGCGAGAGGCGAAACGAGGCGCUCUAGCUCAAGCUUCGCUCAUUGCCAAUGAGAGCUGUGUUAUCGUGCGCAUUCUUUUGACCCCUUGCUCGGCAGAUUCCAGGGCUUUCGAUCCCCAGAGCAAAGGUCCAUCCCUGCGUCACUGCCUAUGCCGACAGCACCAAGGCUCGACAACCUCGGUCACGAUGUCGGUCAAAAUGAUGUUGAGCCCAAUUCUCCACCACGUUGGCACGCACAUUGGGCGCGAGAGGCUACUCGGUACAUCGCAGCACCACUCGUUAAUCAAAGCGAUGUCGCUUUCCGCCUGCUAUGCUUGCGCCACGGCUGUAAGAUGACCUUCACGCAGAUGUACCUCGCCAACGACCUAAUCGGCGACCCUGCUCUUUUUCGCCAACUACGCCGAGAGCUAGAGCUGGGCCGGAAGCUACGGGAAAAGCAAGAGAAUUUUCCGCAGAUUGUCCAGCUAGCUGGGGAUGAUCCACAGCAACUAUAUGAUGCUGCACAAUCCCUCAGUGAUCUCGCAGACGGCUUCGACUUGAACCUCGGCUGUCCCCAGCGCCGCGCACAGAAAGGCCACUACGGAGCAUACCUGCUCAAUCUGAAAGACUGGCCGCUGGUCAAUGCCCUAGUCCGUUCGCUGAGCCAAGUUGGCCUGCCGGUCAGCGUCAAGCUCAGGCUAUGCGAACAGACAGAAAGGACGGCGGAGCUGGCACUGCAGCUAGCAAACAGCGGUGCGAGUAUGAUCACGCUGCAUGCACGGCACGCCUCCACCGCUCGGCGUCGAUAUGGUGCCGCAAGACUUGAGGUCGUCGCAGAGAUUGUGAAGCGGAUACAGGAAGCUGGACUGGCAGAUUCGGUUGUCAUUAUUUCGAACGGCAACGUGCGGUCGCUCGAGGACGUCCGCCGCAACCUCGCAGCAACUGGAGCAGACGGCGCAAUGGUCGGAGAACAUCUCCUUGAGAACCCGGCGUUGUUCUCCGGUCAAGAAGUGCAACCCCUCGAGCUUUGUCGACAGUAUCUGUGGCUUGUAGACCAAGUCGAGCAUGCAGACGGUGCGGUACCGCGUCUCGAGUACAUCAAGCAGCACCUGCUCUACAUAAUUGACACCGACCGCUUUCGGCCGCCGAGCAAGGAACGAGCGUUCAUGGUCAACGACAUCAAGGCGGCCGGUAGCCACGAUGCAUUGCGCGACAUUGUCAAUAAUUGCAAAAUUGCUUCCUAGCGACACUAAUACAGACGGGCCGUCGGCACGCUAAGCAUUCAUCGAUAUAGAUCUUUGAGAUUAUGGCUUUGUUGCGUACCCGAGGUAUGAACCGCCCAUGAAAAACAUAUCCUGUUUCCAUACAUCGAUAAAAGCUCCUGGGCCUUGCUUGAUCAGCCUGCGGCUGAUGGAUAGCGGGUUCAGGCGGAAAGUCGGACGCAUGCCAUGCUGCGCUCCGGAAGGGCAAGGCUCUAAGCCAGCAUCUUGUAGUGCCCGUCGAAGCUCUGUAGGCGUUA